AAUGAGUUAAGAGAAAACCUCUUUUUUCGUAUUGGCAUUUUCAUAUGUAAGGCUUCUUGAGCCUAGAUCACUGUUAGUUCGACGUCACUUGUAAAUUUCUCUCUACAUUACAAUUCAGGGUAAUCUCGUAUUAGGUAUAUCAAUUAUGUUUUAUAUACUUGUGGCUUUUUAAUUAAACAAAAGUUCAAUCAGUCCAAUACACGCACUUGUCUUCCCUUUGUGUCGAGCCAUCACUUACUUCUACUUAUAUACCUAAUACUUACAUAUGUGUGUGUAGAAAUUCUGUUCGGACAUAAUGCUCCACUCUCAGUUCCGAUCAGCGUCUUUUGUGGACGGGCACAGUUACGAUUAGACUUCCCGAGCUGUGUUAUCACCUACGCCGCUGCAGUCGCAAUAAGUCCGCGAGUUCUAUCAGACGAAGUGCUAUUAGUUUUAGAUUCGAAAGUAAGCAGAGAGAUUCAGAUGUCCCGUUACCGCGUGUACAUGCUUACAAACGAUUGUGCUGAGAACUAUGAUAUAAAUGUAGAGUGAAAGAAUAAAAUAAUCAAAUUAAUUAUGUUACAUUGUGACGAAACUCGCAAGCAAAUUAAUUGAACGUAAACAGGAUUCAACAAACAGUACAAGCAAGUUGAAGCUUAGUACCAUUUUAAACUGCCGACUUGCAACUGAUUGUAAAAUCAGUAAGAAAAGAACAUGGUUUUUAAAAAAAAAAACUUAGACACAAAUAACCCUAAUAGUGCAAUACAUGAGGUAAUAUCGUCACCAACUAAAAUGAGAUCGAAGACGACGCCAAUGAUGCCAUCAGUAAGAUGCAAUACAUCAUACAACCAACAGGAUUGCGUUGAGGUUGAAUUUCCCGGUCACUCUACAAGUUUCGACCAUGCUAUCAAUGAACGUCUGCUGAAGUGCUCUCCAAUAAAAUUGAACGAUGGCAAUGACCGCUUGACUACUGCAACUAGUCAAGAAACGCUCGCAAUGUUUGAUAGUCGUAAUGUCACGAGAACGCCGAAUCGUCUUAUCACCAGUGGAUUGACCGAUUCGAUAGGUUCGAGCUCAACAGAUAAGAAAGCGACAGCGAUACCUGAUGGUGGUUACGGCUGGGUCAUUGUAGUAGCCUCACUCAUUGUUUCGCUAAUCGCUGAUGGUUUAGGGUUCUCUUUUGGUCUGAUUAAUUCUGAAUUGUUAAAUUACUUUGGAGAAUCCGCUUCAAAGACGGCUUGGAUUAGUUCGUUAUUCUUUUCAGUCCCACUGUUAAUGGGACCGAUUUGGUCGAAUCUAGUUGAUAAGUAUGGCUGUCGUAAAAUGACCAUAUUUGGAGGUUUGCUAUCAGCAAUCGGAUUUGGUCUCUCCUCACUCUGUAACUCUGUGGAAAUGUUGAUGCUGACCUUUGGUAUCAUUUCUGGUUUGGGACUGGGUAUUGGUUAUGUAACAGCAGUUGUAUCAAUCGCUUUUUGGUUUGAUAAGAAACGAACAUUCGCUACUGGCAUUGCUGCGUCUGGCACGGGAAUCGGCACAUUCUUAUAUGCACCGCUGACCCAAUGUCUCAUAGAUAGCUACGGUUGGAGAAUAGCCACAUUAAUUCUCGCUGGUACUAUGCUGAACACUUGCAUCUGUGGUGCGUUAAUGCGUACUCCCGACUGGUUAAAAGUAGAAAAAAUUUUAGAAAAGGAAACUCGGUCAAAAAGUUUAGCUCCAUCUCCCACUUCCAUUAUAAACCAUAGAGAAAAUACAACGAAGGAUACGCUACAUAAAAUCUUUUUGACUAAAGACAAUGAAAUCGGAAGAAAAGAAAUCAAUGAUACAAAUUACAUGAAACGUUUAUAUAGCGAGAUGCUCAUUCCUACCUUCUUGGGAUCUCAAGAUUUAGAUCUCGAGUAUAAAGUCAGUAGUCUGAAUCAGCAUUCAUCACAACGUUUUAGAGACGAUAUGAAAUCGUCUUCUCAUGGAAAUAUGCCAUCUUUGACAUCACACGGGCCCAAGAAAACAGCAGUCAUUAUAGAGUCCCAAGUUAACGCACUCAUCGGGGACAUUACUGAGACUACAAUUGAAGUCGGAGAGUUGAAUAUGGCAUCCAUUGACGCGGAGUAUAGUAAGCAGUUAUCCUAUGAGACUGCCGAUAGAUUAAAUAAUAACGAUUCUUCACUAAUUUUAGACGAUAAUGUUACAAAACUGACUAAUUUCACCGAUAUUUUGAAGCUGGAAAAUGUUGUUUUCAAAGACCCAAAACAUUAUGUGGAUGUUCAUAGCCCACCAAUAAAGUUGAUAUCGCGCUUGAAUUUACGACAAACUAGCUCAAUACCGAGUUCCAAUCUCCAGAAGAAUAUCCGAAUACAAAGUAACAUGUCACGUGACUGUGGUACAAUUUUGAAGCCAUAUUUUCACCGUACAACUUCCUGCCCGAAUAUCUUUCGGAAUUCGACAGCGGUAAACGCAAAGGUGAAAGAAGACACUUGGUACAAAUGUGCGGUUGGCGCCAUGAAGUCUUCGUUUAAAUUCUCAUUGUUUGCGGAUGCGAAAUUUACACUAUUUAAUUUGUCAAUAUUAUUUUUGUUCAUUUGGUUCAUGAUACCAUAUCUUUAUCUGCCGGAGUAUAUGAAAAUUCACGGUUACGAAGCAACGGACAGUGCGCAUAUAAUUUCGGUUAUUGGAAUCGCGCAAACAAUCGGCAUGAUUGGUCUAGGCUAUGUGGGCGAUCGUUCCUGGAUGAAUGUGAAUAUCUGCUAUUCGGCGUGUAUGGUAGUUUGUGGAAUUGCGGUGCUUCUAAUGCCGCUACUGGUGAGCACCUAUGUUGGACUAUUGCUAGCUUGUAUAGCCUUCGGCUUCACAUUCGCCAGUUCUUAUUCGCUUACUCCAAGCAUUUGCGUCAGAAUUGUGAAUUUAGAUGAUUUUACCUGCGCCUAUGGUUUGGUGUUGUUGGUUCAAGGCGUCGGUAUGAUAGUAGGGCCGCCGAUUGCUGGCGCAAUUUUCGAAAUGACGCUGAGAUGGGAUGACACAUUCUAUUUCGCCGGUGCGUUUAUAGUCUUAUCUGGCGCGGCCUCCUACCUUAUUGAAUUCUGCGAGAAGGGAGCGAAAGUCAAAUCCAGUGAUGUAUCCGAAAUAUAGAACACUCAAAGUUAUAAAAAUUAAAAUUCGACUUGUAUUAACCUUUGUAUGAAAUCUCAUCGAUUUAUUGUAAAUUUUUAUGGGACAUAUGAACAUUAGGCUGGAAAAUUUGUUAUAAUUUGUAAUUGAUAAGUUUUUUCGUAAUUUAUUAUAUCUACCUCAGGGGAAAUACAGAUUGGUUUUUAUUAUCAUUCA